GUUGUUAACAAUUAUACACCUAACGCGAUUGUCUUCGAACAGAAAGGCCGCCUGUACGACUUCACUCGCUCAGCCCAGUAUGAUAUAAGAGAAGAUAUGACCACUUAUCUCAGUGGUGUACUGCCGGGACUUACAAUGGCAGAUCUUGCACAGAUUCGGGGAGCGUUUGACUGCCUCUUCAACUACUAUUUAUACAAAGGCUUCUUGGACCAAGUUGGCCAACAGCGAGCCGAGUCGAUGAAAAUGCUGAUCUUUAACGCAGCCCAACAGUACGUGGCGCAUGUUUAUUUCAAUGUUACUUCUCGUAAAACCGGGCCACUGCAGUUUACCGUCACUGCUGCCCUCACUUGCCAACGCUAUACAUAUUUCCAGUUACAGGACACAGAUUUUGCAGCUGUUCUUCACUUGCUACAAAACAUGCAUGUACUGUGAUCUGUGAUCGAGUAUCUCCAGAAGAUUUCAUAUAACUCAUGAGAAGUAGAUGGAUGAAAACUGAGAACUUUCUAAAUUACUGUUUAGUUGUCAGCUUCUUAUAUGUGUUUUACUUUUGCUGUGCUGUGAGUAUAGUUUUGUUUAUUCAAUGCACCCAAGCGAGAAUCAGAACCAUUAAUUUACUGAGCUUUUAGUUGUUAGCACCGAGGGCAGUCUCAAAUCGAGAAACUGCUCGAAGGAAGGGAAACCUCAAAAUUAGAAAGAUUUAGUUUCAUUUCGUUCCUUGUCAACUUGAUUGUCAAAAAGUAGAUGCAUGAAUGGAAAUAGCAUGUUUUGAGCUUUCUUCAUUGUCUCUAUAUAGUAUACAUGUUACACUUCUGGAAAUAAGAUGUCAAGUCAUAAUAAUUUAUUGGGCGUGUAGUAGUGAAGUAGUUUAUGUCAAAUGAGUUAUUAAACCAACAUAAUUGCAAAUGAAAUAAUUCACGGUAUUUCUCGAUGACGGUGUAGCAAGAUUUUUUUCUACGGCUCAUGACCCUCAACAACAAGGCGCGGAAUAUGACUGCUUGCGUGAUCGUCAGUUUAUUUUCGUUGUUUCCUCGGUUUCCUGAGUAUCCGAGAGAAAGGAAAGCAGUCCAAAUAGCUUGUUCAUGUACGUUAGCAAUGUCCAAGUAAAUCUAGCCAGUAAAUGUUGUUGAAGUAAACGUGCGUUUUUCUUUAUUUCCUUGAGGACAUGAAUGCAAUAUCAACGUGCACCAGUUAAAAAUGUUUAAAGGUUAAUCCUGUAUUUUGUUUGCCAGAAAACGUAUUGUAUAUUUGCAAGCACAACUCAAGAUAAUUUUUUCCUGGCUAAGCUUCGUUAAUUUUCCUUAAUUCGCAGAAAUACAAACGAUUAACGGUGAGAUAAUUACCAGUGUCCGGUAUUUCUAGGAAAUCAGGGCCUGAACCCAGCGGGGUAUUUGAUAUGAUUUAGCAUUGCAUAUCUCAAUCGAUACAAACGUGAUGUAUAACUCUUCUCAUCGAUAUAAAAAUGGAAUAUGUAUUAGAGGAAGUAACAUUACAGGCGUUAUCCACCUUUACAUUGUGAGAAACUUUCACCUCCUUACAAGGCUGCUGCUAAGAAAAUGUUUUGGGAGCCCUUCGGGCUCCUAAAAUAAGAAGUGAGGGGCCUGAGCCGAAUUUCUAGGAGCCCAAUUAAAAAAGAUCAGUAACUUUAUUAACUCUUUGGUGACGGUCAUUGAGUAGCGGAAAAAAACCCCACAUUUUUCACCAAUUCCUCUUCUUUGGGCUAGUUUUCGGCUAAUUAGCAUAAAAAUGGCUAAAAAUGAGUUUUGCAAGAAAAAAGGCAUAUUUUUCGACUAAUCUGACGUAAUAGGUUGUUUUGUUUCUCACACAUGCGGAAAAGCCAAAAUUUGGACAUUUUUUGCGAAUCUAUUUUGAUCUUUGUCUCUCGCUCUCUUUUUUUCUUUUGCCCUUCUUGUUUAUAAGCAGUUUUGUUGCUCACUUUAUCGUCCUUCAUUUGCGUGGAAUUGUGGCUGGCUAACGUUUUAGGAAAGCAACACCAGGUCACAAAAUGCAAAAGAUUUUAUUCUUUUAUUAAAGUUAGAGAAAAAUACCAAGAGAAAAAUCUUAAACUGACUAAAUAUCUUUUAUCUGGUGGAGAAAAUAAUGCGUUUAACAUGAAAACGGUUUUCAUGUAGACUGUAGACCGCACAUUAGAAUCGUUUCAGUGUUGGCAAUGAGACCCAUUGAAAGGAAUCACUGGGCAGUUGGCUGUCUGCUUUAGUAAACUUCUCGUUUUCAUACAAUACAAUAGUUUUGUCUAGUGAUAGCGGAAGCAGCCCAGUGAAUUCGCUUUUUGGCGAGUUCUUGUUUACUGAGCUUUAAGUCGUUAGGACUGAGAGCAGUCUAAAUCUAGAAACUGCAUGAAGGAAGGAAAACCUCAAAAUUAGUUUUAUGUUCAGUUCGGUUUUUGUAAACCUAACUGUCACAAAGUAAAUCCUUGAAUGGAAAUAGCAUAAGCUUUCUUCAAUGUCUCUAUAUAUCCAUGUUACACUUCCGGAAAUAACAUGUGACAGCGUAUUUUUACCCUGUUCUGGAGUAUUACCGUAGGAUAUUUUUUGCGCUUAUCGUUGCCCAAAUAUGAUAAAAUGGCGUAGUGGAAUAAUAAUUACCAGUAUCCGGUAUUUCUAGGAAAUCAGGACCUGAAACCCCCGCGGCUAUUUAAUAGUGAGUCAAAAUUGUAUAUCUCAAUCGCUAUUGACGUGUUGUCGUUUUCUUCUGGUCGAUAUAAGCAAUGAAAAUAAGUAAUGGAGGAAUUAAGCGUACAAGCCUUAUCCGCCCUUAUUUUGUCAUUACAGUAUCUAGUCCCUACUUGUAUCCUCACGUCUAUGCACAUAAAGCAACCCUAAGCAGUCGCUCUCAUGACCAAUUUAGUAUAUGACGUCAAAAAUGUUUGCAGCUGUCUUGGGAUCCAGUUAUUGACAAUAGAGAUUGUUUGAGUGCAUGAUGGGAUACCGGCAACACCCUUUUGGCUUUGUGCUUUCCCUGAUCAGAAAUUGCUCAUAGUAUCGAGUAUUUCUCCAAGACGCAAGAAAACACUCUCUAGAAGCAUGGCAAUUACCAUCUUAACCUCAAUUCAAGACGAUUUUGGCUACUAUAACAACGUGGCUUUUUUACGAAGAGGUCUACAAGAAGAUCGUAUUAAAUUCGUAGGCGUCGUUAACAAUUAUACACCUGAAGCGAUCGUCUUCGACAACAAAGGCCGCCUGUACGACUUCACUCGUUCAGCCCAGCGUUAUAUAAGAGAAGAUAUGACCGCUUAUCUCAGUGAUGUACUGCCGGGACUUACAACGGCAGAUCUUGCACUGAUUAGGGGAGCGUUUGACUGUCUCUUCAACUACUAUACAUACAAAGGCUUCUUGGACCAAGUUGGCCAACAGCGAGCCGAGUCGAUGAAAAUGCUGAUCUUUAACGCAGCCCAACAGUACGUGGCGCAUGUUUAUUUCAAUGUUACUUCUCAUAAAACCGCGCCACUGCAGUUUACCGUCACUGCUGCCCUCACUUGCCAACGCUAUACAUAUUUCAAGGUACAGGACACAAACUUUACAGCUGUUCUUCAGGCGCUAGAAAACAUGCGUGUGUGA